GGCCGCUCAGUGCGGAGGGGCGGCUGCGCGUCUUACUUCCUCAAAGUGGUCUCUGUGGCGGGAGGGCGGCCGCUGUGACCGCAAGGCAGGGUGCUGACCCGGGGAAUCCCUCUCGGCGUGUGGCAGCUUCAGCCCGUGUGACAGGUAGAAGUGGGUGAGGAAGACCAAGUUUACAGUGAAGCCAGUCUGGGAUCAGCAUCAGGACCCCUGCGCUACAAGGACUCCAAUAAAGCUGUCAUCAUGUUGCUUAGCCUUUAUCUGAAGAGGUGAAGAGUUCUGAAAAAAAGAAAUGGCCGAUAAAAGCGGCAAGCCUGUACCCGGCCCGGUGUACAUUGAGGUGGAAUAUGAUUAUGAAUACGAAUACAAGAACAAAAAGAUUGUCAUAAAACAAGGUGAAAAAUAUAUUCUGGUGAAAAAAUCAAAUGAAGACUGGUGGCAAGUAAAAAAGGAUGAAAAUGCGAAACCUCUCUAUGUACCUGCACAAUAUGUUAAAGAAGUUGGUAGAAAAGCUUUGAUGCCCCCUGUUAAACAGCAGACCUUGCUGCCAAACAGCCCGCUCAAAGUUGCUCAUAGGUCCACAGAAAAUAUCAACAAAUCUCCCGAACUUUCCAGUUUUGGAAAAACCUCUUCGUUCCGAGAUGCCAAUCAGAAUAUGGGACCCAGCAGUAGCCCAGGGCCGACUAGAGCACUGACUCUAGAUCUUGUGCACAACAAUGGCAAGCUGAAUUGUGAUUUGCAUUCACCUAAAGGUACUAGCCGGAGUCCGUCUGCCACUCACUUUCCUGGCCCCGAGUUGAUGGAAGUAGAAAAGGCAAGUCUCUCAAACGAGCAUUCGGGGGAUUCUGCUGGCGAUAGCUCUGAGAAAAUUCUUCUUGAUUCCGAAUCUGGAGAUGAACUUAGCAGUAGCUCAACGGAACAACUACAGUUUUCCAUUUCGCCUGCACCACCAAGAUCAGAUUCCCCUGUGUAUGCAAAUCUGCAAGAGCUGAAAAUCUCUCAGUCGGCGCUGCCGCCGCAGCCUAUGUCUCCUCCGGUGCUAGUUACAGGCGAGUGGGAGACCCAUAAAGAUAACAGCGGCCGUUACUUUUACUUUAAUAAAGCAACUCAAGAAAGAACAUGGAAGCCUCCACGGGGGGCGAAGGAAGCCGGCCCUGGCAAAUCAGAGUCCUUCAGCCAAGCUGACCAUGAGCUUUCAGCAGACGACAUAUACCACAGCACUUGUGACAACCAAUCAGAUAGUCAGUACGGUUCUCCUCCGAGGGGCUGGUCGGAAGAACUGGAUCAGCAUGGCCACACCACCUUUAUAAAUGACCAAACUAAUGAAAAGUGGAUAAAACAUGUUGAUGAUCAAGGCAGACCAUAUUACUACAGUGCAGAUGGAUCACGUUCGGAAUGGGAAUUGCCAAAGUAUAAUGCCACAUUACAGCCCCUGCGGGAGAUCACUAAAAGCCGAAGCCUUGACAGAAAGCUCCAGGAUCCCAUAGUCUUCACCAAGUGGAGACAUAGCACAAUCCUUCUGGACACUAACGACAAGGAUUCAUCAGCUACAUCCAAACCUGACGAGACAUCUCCUCCAUCUCCAAAGCAGCAAGUAACAGAUCAAGAAAAAUAUGGUGUAUUACUUGUCACAAAAAUCACAGAGAAUGGAAAGAAAGUUAGGAAAAACUGGAUGUCUUCAUGGACCGUGUUAAAGGGCACUACCUUAUUGUUACAAGCAAAUGCAGCUGGAUGGAAAUUUGGCGGUAAUCAGUCCAAACCAGAAUUUACAGUGGACAUUAAGGGUGCAUCUGUUGAUUGGGCUUCAAAGGAUAAAUCCAGUAAAAAAAAUGUUAUAGAGCUCAAAACCACUUCUGGAACAGAAUUGUUGAUACAGUCUGACAGUGAUACUGUUAUUAAAGAUUGGUAUACAGCAUUCUGCAACACUACUGGCACUACACCUGGAGAUUUGGAGGAAGCCUGUGAAGAUAAUGUUCCAGAAUCCCCAGUAGAUAAACACGGAAAAGAGAAAUUUGACAAAGAGAAGGACCAUGACAGAGAUUCUAAGAAAAAUCGAUCAUUUAAGCCAGCUAACAGUAUCGAUAAUGCUGAGCAGAAGAAAACAAAAACAAAGCUAAAGAAGUUUCUUACUCGCCGACCAACUAUGCAAGCUGUACGUGAGAAGGGAUACAUUAAAGAUCCCGUGUUUGGCUCUUCCCUUGCAAGCCUCUGCCAGAGAGAAAACACUACUGUACCAAACUUUGUCAAGAUGUGCAUUGAGCACGUGGAAGAACAAGGGCUGGAUGUUGAUGGCUUGUACAGGGUCAGUGGAAACCUUGCUGUGAUACAGAAACUCAGAUUUGCUGUUACACAUGAUGAGAAACUGGACUUGAAUGACAGCAAAUGGGAAGAUAUUCACGUCAUUACAGGGGCCCUGAAGAUGUUCUUUAGAGAACUACCUGAGCCGCUCUUCACCUUCAGCCACUUCAAUGACUUUGUGAAUGCCAUUAAACAAGAGCCCAAGCUGCGUGUGCAAGCAAUCAAAGACUUGAUUAAACAGUUGCCAAAGCCAAACCAUGACACUAUGCAGGCACUUUUCAAGCAUCUCAAGAAGGUUGUUGAAACUGGAGAAAAAAACAGAAUGACUUAUCAAAGUUUAGCAAUAGUUUUUGGACCAACCCUGCUGAAACCGGAAUCAGAGACUGGUAAUAUCGCCAUCCACACAGUAUACCAGAACCAGAUAGUGGAACUCAUCCUACUGGAAUGCAACUCUAUUUUUGGCCGCUGAGUCCAAUGGUGAACGACAAGCAGGAAGCAACCACUGAUAGGCCAUAUCCUUGGGAAGGAUCCAGCUGUGCCGUUUCAUUUCUCAUCUCUGAAUUUUAUUUUGUGGACCAAUGAGCUGAUGGGAAACUUUUUUUUUUUGUCUCCUGCACUUUUUUUUUUUUAAGAUGGUGACUGUGUCUCAUUUGUACAUAUUUUUAACCUGUUGCCAGGUUAUUGUAUUUGGACGGUUUUUUUUUUUUUACUGUGUGUGCGCACAUGAUAAUUCCCUAGCAGGACUGCAAACCUAAUGUAGACACUGGAUUUACUGGAAACAAAAUAAAGCUACUAAUUUCAUUCUGUACAAACGGACUUCUACUCACUCUUGGAAGCCGAGCUUGGUUCGCUGUGUGGUAACAGAUGAUGUUCAUUUCAUUUUUGUUCAUGCCUCUAAACAAACUCCUCGUGCAGUAAAAUCCAUCUGACAUUA